AGCUAUUUCAGCUCUUCCAGCACCUCGACCCUUCCAAUAGAGAGGUUCAUAUCCCUGUCUAGUUGUGGUGGUGAAUGUGGCCCAUGUCAAUGCCCAAGCAAAACAACAACUCCCGGCUCAAGUAGUUUGCGCACAGUGCAUUUUGGUAGUUAGGAGUCCCUUGUGGACGCCAGCGGGUCUCGGCCAAGCCGUCGCCCAUGGCGCCGAAGUUCGGGAAAGCCAGUUCUGCGACCAAACGCAGCAAGAAGCCCCUGCAGAACUCAGGUCACUUUGCUCUCUCAGCGACAGAUCGGAGCCGCAGCCUGAGCAAGCCCAGCUUGAGCCCCUUGAGUCAAUUGUAUGAGCAGAAGCCGUUUGGCUUCAGCCCCAGCAGUCCACGAACCUUGCUUCAAAGUCAGGCAGUGGCAGGGCUCAGAGAAGAUGUCCGUCUUCAAGAGAUGUCUAGCUAUGUCACCUCCAGAGGCGGGAGCUCCUUACCGGUGCUGACGCCGGAAGUGCCGAUCGCAGCAGCCGAUCCCACCUUCCGGAAGAGCUACAGCUCCAGUCGAGGCUUCAAGGGCAGGAGCGAGGACGUCCUGGCAGGGCUGCCACCCAGCUACGCGCAGCACAUGAAUCAGACACAUCUCUCACAGCACGAGACCUUCGGAUCGCUACCGGACCUGCCUGGCUACAGCUUUCGCAGCACCACCGGAGAGUUCGCUCCCCUUCGAGGAACCCAAGGUGGCGCAUCAAGAGCAACGGCCACACGAGGAGAAAGAACAGGUGUUCAUUGGCGAGAAAUUGAGGACGAGCGCUCCACGCACGAGUCGGAGUCGGAGCAGCACCGCGCGCCGUCGCGGCCGAGCACUCGCGAGACGGCGGCCGGCUUGCGAGCGGAAGGGCUCGAGACCUCGGAGCAGCAGAGCCGUCGCUUGGCGCGGCGCACGCCGGAGCACUCGCUGGAGGAGGCCGAGGGGCUGGGUGCGCGCCGAGCGCGGACGCCUCCUUUGCCGAAGAACCUCUCCAUGCCCAACCUGCACGAAAGGCAUGACACCGAGGCCGCGAAGGGCUAUGACCGGCAAGUGGAUCGCUGGCUGCGGCGGUUGAUGGUGGACGUGAACAUCUCGCACAAGUCGCUGCCAGAGAGCUCGGCCCGGAGCCAGAUUUGCACCCAUUUGGAGAAGGUGCAUGGGUGGUUUGACCGCAGCAAGAAGGCCUCCACCUUCUUGAAGCAGAGCGCCGGAUGUGAGAAGCCACCUGUGCCGUCGAAGCAGGUCACCAACUACCUGCCGAUGGACCACCCGGUUCCACCUGGAUCGAUGUAUUGGGAGCGACCAGAAAAACUGAUUCCAAAGCCCAAGGGCGAGGAGGACAUGGAGGCCACUUCGGCCAACGAUGCCACCACCGACCUGGAGAGCAGCGUCGACACGUUGUUGGACGUCCUCGACCUUUGAGAUGCAAAGACCUUGCUGCGAGUGUCUUUGGUGCGUCUUUGUCGCGCACCCCAAAUCUUCCAUCCGCGGUCGCCGGAUUUUCCCUGGCUUCUAAGAAGCCGCUCCGGCGCGGAGGGCUAGGGAAGGAGGGGACCAAGAAACUGAUGAAACAUGG